UCGUCCCUAGUUUCCCUUUUGCUGUUUUAAUGUCGCCGUGUGCGCCCCAUUCAUUUUAAUGCGUGAUCUGUUUGUUAAAAACAGGAGCGGUAAACAUCCACUCUGACAUGUCUGUGCUCCCCUUGUAGGCGACAUGAGUGUCGAGGAGCUGCUGGAGAAGUACAAAGGAGCGUAUGCCUCCGACUUUGAGGCGCCGUCUGCAUCUGGCUCUAAAGAAAGCUCUGAUUCGGAGGUGUCGGGGGACGAGGAGGAGGAGACCGAAGAAGAUGAGAGUGAUGUGGAAAGCAACACUUCCUCCUCAGAUUCACCCGCAGACAGUGCAGACGAAGAUGACAGUGAGAAGGACGAGGAGGAGAGUGAGGAAGAUGAUGAUGAUGACGACUGUGGAGAUGAAGGGAUGGAGGUCUUGUUGAAGGAGGGAGACAAUAGUCCACCUUCCUCCAGCUCGCGGCCGAAGAAAGAGAUCAGCCACAUCGCUGCUACAGCAGAGAGCCUGCAGCCUAAAGGCUACACUCUGGCGACCACAAAGGUGAAGACGCCGAUCCCGUUCCUGCUUCACGGCACGUUACGAGAAUACCAGCACAUCGGACUGGACUGGCUGGUCACCAUGUACGAGAAGAAGCUGAACGGCAUCCUGGCCGAUGAGAUGGGUUUGGGAAAGACCAUCCAGACUAUCGCUCUGCUGGCUCACCUCGCCUGUGAGAAAGGUAACUGGGGCCCUCACCUCAUCAUCGUGCCCACCAGUGUGAUGUUGAACUGGGAGAUGGAGCUGAAACGCUGGUGUCCUGGAUUUAAAAUCCUCACUUACUUUGGCAGCCAAAAGGAGAGAAAGUUAAAGAGACAGGGCUGGACGAAGCCUAACGCUUUCCACGUUUGCAUCACUUCGUACAAGCUGGUGCUGCAGGAUCAUCAGGCAUUUCGACGCAAAUCUUGGCGCUACCUGAUUCUGGACGAGGCUCAAAACAUCAAGAACUUUAAGUCUCAGCGCUGGCAGAGUCUGCUGAACUUCAACAGGUCAGAUGAGCUGCAGCUUCUUUUAUUCUCAGAGGUAGAAAUGCACAUUUGUGCUGCUUCAAACCUGCAAAAAAAGACAUAUGCACUGAG